GAAGUUCAUAAUAAUAAUAUUUUCCAAUUUAUUAUUAACAGAGAUUAAUAGCUACCAUUAUUGAAAAAAAAACUGAAUGGCGGAUUACCAGUGGCCUUGGGAAUACAAUUUUCCACCGUUCUUCACGGUUCAAUCCCAUGCUAAUACGAAAGACCAACAGCUGUCGACAUGGAAAUCCCUGAUCCUUGACUAUCAUAAGCACGGCAAACAGGCCGUUCUCAACAUAAACGAAGACAGUGCACCAUUUGUAAAUGAAAGCAUAUCCCGGAAGCUAUCGUCCGAGGGACGCCUUUGGGUGAUGGAAGCGCUGGAGAAGUCCGGCAAUGCUGCUACGGUGGACAAACGCAAGCAGCAGUGGGAGGUGUAUUGGCACACCUUAGACGAGUGGAGUGUAAUCGUGCACGAGUGGGCCGUAGCGAAUGGGAUGACCAAUACGGUCUGUACGAUCUUCGAGCUAGUGGCCGGAGACCAUACAGUCGGGGAGGAGUUCCACGGUCUGGAUCAGGCUGUGUUAAAAAAGGCAUUGAAGGUGCUAGAAUCGAAGGGCAAGUGCGAACUGAUUGCGUUUGACGAUAACGAAGGGGUGAAAUUCUUCUGAAUAAGAGGGAUUCUAGAGUCGGAUGAUGUGCGUGUGUUAUACUCUAACAUUUUGUAAAU